GUAACAUAUUUUAGCUCGCGCCUAUCGCCCUGUUCGCGCCCCUCCUCGAGCAGUUAAAUUCAAACCCGAGGCGAUGAAACAUUGACCCGGUUCUGCGAUAAUAAAGUCCCAUUACGAUGGCCUCUGAUCGCUCUUUGGUCCUUAUCACUCCUAAAAUCCCAAAUGACAUGUUUAAGUCUACGUUGAACUAAAAAGAAACUGCGUCUUUGAUUUAGCAUAUGUCCUGUCGCCGAUGCUAGCGUGUUGCGCAGGUUAAAAUCAAACGAGGAAGAUGCCGUUGCCAAACUAUAAGGAUAGCCAUUUUCGAUAAGCAAGACCGAGCCUCGCCUCACACUCCUCGAAUCCCAGCGUUUAUCGCAUGAAAACAGCCGGAUCGCCGCAGUCGUUGGUCUCGGUGCGACCGCUCACUCUUGAAAGACUAACCUCAAGCAACAAACGACUGAAGGGAUAAAAACUGUAGAGAGCUCCCUCUACAACCCGACUGGUAGUGGUACAAAAACACGAUUAACCAUCGCAGAAUGCCCUCUUGCUGUGGAAAAUCAUAAGGGUGUUUUAAAACGUGUGAAGGUAUUACCCAUGGAAGGGGGACCGACUGAGGCGGUGGUGGAAGAUGCAGGGGAUGCUUUCAAGGCCAAGGAAUGUAAGACCUACCAAAGGCGGCGUGAAGAUGAGGAAGUGGGAGCUGAAUUGUUGCAGGCUGCUGGGUUAGAGCAAGUCCAGAUUGAAGGACAGCCUGUGGUGGAGGCCCAGCAACAGUUGGUCGAGAGUGUAGUUAAUGUCAACAGCAGUGUGGAGAUGAUGGUGAUGGACUCCCUGGACCCUGCCCUACUCCAGAUGAAGACCGAAGUCAUGGAGGCUGCUGUCGGAGCACCUGUUGGUGUGGCUGGUGCUGCCCAUGAAGCCACAGUCACAACUGUCGAUGACACUCAGAUCAUCACCCUGCAGGUGGUGAACAUGGAGGAGCAGCAGUUGGGCUUGGGAGAGCUUCAGCUAGUGCAGGUGCCUGUUUCUGCUGUCCCGGUCACUGCUGCCACUGUGGAAGAGCUGCAAGGGACACUGGUUGAUGCCACUGUCAUGCCUAAAGAUGGGGAUCCAGUCAUCUGUCACACCCUGCCAUUGCCUGAGGGCUUCCAGGUGGUCAAGGUGGGUGCAAAUGGAGAAGUGGAAACUGUGGAGCAAGACGAGCUCCAUGCCCAAGAGGAUCAGCCUCCACAGCAGGAGGAGGAGGAGAUGGGUGAAGCCCAAAAUGAAGACCCCGCGUGGUCCAAAGAUCCAGAUUACACGCCCCCUGUUAAAAAGGCUAAGAAGACUAAGAAAAGCAAGCUGCGCUACAACACGGAGGGCGAUAAAGACAUGGACGUGUCUGUGUAUGACUUUGAGGAGGAGCAACAGGAGGGACUGCUUUCUGAAGUCAAUGCUGAGAAAGUUGUGGGUAAUAUGAAACCACCUAAACCAACCAAAAUCAAGAAGAAAGGUGUUAAGAAGACAUUCCAGUGUGAGCUGUGCAGUUACACCUGCCCUCGCCGUUCCAAUCUGGAUCGCCACAUGAAGAGCCACACGGAUGAGAGGCCUCACAAGUGCCAUCUUUGUGGACGAGCCUUCAGGACUGUGACAUUGCUGAGGAACCAUCUCAACACCCACACAGGCACCAGACCACAUAAGUGCACUGACUGUGACAUGGCCUUCGUCACCAGUGGAGAGCUGGUGCGACACAGACGCUACAAGCACACUCAUGAGAAACCAUUCAAGUGCUCCAUGUGUGACUAUGCUAGUGUAGAGGUUAGCAAGCUGAAGCGGCACAUUCGCUCCCACACGGGAGAACGUCCGUUCCAGUGCAGUCUGUGCAGCUAUGCUAGCAGAGAUACCUAUAAGCUGAAGAGACAUAUGAGGACCCACUCGGGAGAGAAGCCCUAUGAGUGCUAUAUCUGUCAUGCACGUUUUACCCAGAGUGGUACCAUGAAGAUGCACAUUCUGCAGAAGCACACAGAAAAUGUGGCAAAAUUUCACUGCCCUCACUGUGACACAGUUAUUGCUCGCAAGAGCGAUCUCGGUGUGCACCUCCGUAAGCAGCAUUCCUACAUUGAGCAGGGCAGAAAGUGUCGUUACUGUGAUGCGGUGUUCCAUGAGCGCUAUGCUCUCAUCCAGCAUCAGAAGUCCCACAAAAAUGAGAAACGUUUCAAGUGUGACCAGUGUGACUAUGCGUGCCGUCAGGAGCGUCACAUGGUAAUGCACAAGCGCACCCAUACUGGGGAGAAGCCAUACGCCUGCAGCCAAUGUGAGAAGACUUUCAGACAGAAACAGCUCCUGGAUAUGCACUUUCGGCGCUAUCAUGAUCCCAACUUUGUACCCACAUCCUUUGUUUGCACCAAAUGUGGCAAGACCUUCACUCGCAGGAAUACCAUGGCCAGACAUGCAGAGAACUGCACUGGUGUGGAUUCUGCUGAUGGAGAGAACGGAACUCCACCCAAAAGGGCUCGUGGUGGCCGAAAGAGGAAGAUGCGCUCUAGAAAGGACGAUGACGACGAUGAUAGCGAUGAGCAUGGAGAACCUGACCUUGAUGACAUUGAUGAAGAGGAAGAGGAUGAGCUUCUCGACGAUGAACAGAUGGAUGUGGAACAGGCUCCACCCAGCGUUCCCAUCCCCGCACCAGCUGAACCUCCCGUUAAGAGGAAACGGGGCAGACCCCCCAAGAAUGCACCCAAGCCCUCUCCUACAAAGUCUGUCGCCAAAACCACCACAGCUGCUGCCAUUAUCCAGGUGGAGGAUGAAAGCACAGGGGCCAUUGAGAACAUCAUUGUGAAGAAGGAGCCUGAGGGCUCUGAUGCUGCUGUAACUGCCCAGCCAGUGGUGGAGGAAGUGGAGGCAGUCGAGGCUGGUGUAGAAACAGUGCAGCUAGCUGUCCCUGAAGCUGCACCUAACGGUGAUCUUACUCCUGAAAUGAUCCUUAGCAUGAUGGACCGGUGAUCUGGGGAUGCGUGUGGACACACAGGCUGAUCACACAUGCUUGCUUAUAUGCACAUCCCCAUAUGUGUCCCCUGAAUAUAUAUACACACACAUAUACAUACAUGCUCACAUACCCCCCCCCCCCUUUAAUUCCAAGCUAAGGCCUCAUGUCCUGCAUCAAAUUUCUUAAAGACUCCAUUGUUCCUCUUCCUUUUCCUAUAAAACUCCAAAUUAUCAAUGUCCUAAAGUUCUUACAUUUUGUCUUCUCAUGACGAUCACAAAGCUGCGCUUUUCUACUGUUUCUAUCACACCAGUGGUUCAACUGCUGAGUUAUGUUUUUGCUGUGUACUUGGAGAGGCCAGAUGAUUUUUGAGAGCAGGAAUGUCCCUGACAUAACGUGGUAUAAUACAUGCAUCUAGACUUUUCUUUACCCAGCUAACCUUCUGUCUUCAUUUGUCCAUUCAAAUCUGACAUUACCAUGGCAAUAUUGAGAAACUAUAUAAUUUUGUGCCUGGUCAAGCCUUGCUAUCUAGAAUCGCUGUCACUGCUGUAGAAAUGGGUGUUUUUACCCCCUCUGUCCAAGAAAAUCCUUUCAAUGUUUGACAUUUAUGAUGACUUUUAUUCCCUGUUUGUUCCUCAUGUGCUCUUUCACUGGUCACAGAUGAUAAUGUUAGGGAGCGUAGAAAUGUAGCCGCCGAAUUAUCAUGCCAGAGACGAUGACAUCCAUCCGUAUGUUAAAAAAAACAACCUGCAGUUGAUAAAUUUGUACAAAAAAGGUAAUCUUGGCUAGUCUUGCUUGUAAAUAAUUUUUAUUUUCUGUUUUAUUAUGAACAUUUUAAUCUUUUUCUAGUGAAUUGAUGACCUUGAAUGCUAGGGCAAUGGCUUUUAACAUUAGUUUGGAAACAUGCCACGGAAGGCUUUCAAAUGACUUGUGGCGGAAAAAUAAAAGCCUGAACAAUCA